CAAACCCAACUCCGCACACAAUAAUCCUCUUUUUUCUGUGUCUCCCAACCAGACAACGAGCUGAGGCUGCUUGCUACUAAACUAGCCAUAGCCAUAGCCAGGAAGAAGACACUGCUGCUGCUAUGAUGGCAUGUAUGAUACCUAAUAAUCCCUCUCCUUCCGCAAUUCUACUAGUCCAGCAGCAACUUCAAUCCAAAGAUAAGCCACAACUCAUACCAAAGCAGCUGCUGCUGCUUUCCAACUCCUCCUCCUCCUCACCAUCAUUAUCUGCUUCAACUGUGAAGCUCUUGGACCUCCCACCCUCUCCCUCUCCUUCUCCCUCUCAUGCCAACUCUUGUUCUACCCACAAACCUCACCACAAAGAUGAUUUCUAUGUCAAUCUUGGUUCUGCCGUCCGCACCCUUCGCCAAGACCUCCCCCUCCUCUUCACCAAAGACCUCAACUACCACAUCUAUAGGGAUGACAUAACCUUCGUGGACCCCUUGAACACCUUUACCGGAAUUGAUAACUACAAAUUGAUCUUCUGGGCUCUAAGAUUCCACGGAAGAAUUCUGUUCAGAGAGAUUUCACUGGAGGUUUAUAGGGUUUGGCAGCCCUCUGAGAAUGUCAUAUUGAUCAGAUGGAACCUCAGAGGUGUCCCCCGGGUACCUUGGGAAGCCAAAGGCCAGUUUCAAGGCACAUCUACCUAUAAAUUAGACAGAAAUGGCAAAAUUUAUGAGCACAAAGUUGAUAAUCUUGCUUUCAAUUUCCCCCAGCCCCUCAGACCACCACCACCCGCUUCUGUUCUUGACUUAGUUACUGCCUGCCCUGCUGCUGCUGCAACUCCAUUCUUGUGGGCUCCUCCUCUUCAUGUGCAUUCAUCUUGGUUAGAGUUUUAUAGUGCUGUUAAGGACACAUUGGACCGUCAAACUUCCUCCACUCCUCCUCAAGAUUGCUUUCUUCCUUGCUCAUAAUCAAACUUCACUUCCUACUCUCUAGGAUUAUUUUUAUAUAUACUACACAUACAAGCUACUUAAAUUAUUAUUAUUAUUAUUAUAUUUCGUCAUGAUCUUGCAUACUAGCUCAGAGUUAUUGGUGUUUAUACAUGCGCAGCCAAGUAUAAAGGGAAUGAUGAUCUUAAGCUCUGCUACUUUUGUUCUUGCUAGUGUACAAAGUUGCAAAUAUAUAUAUCAAUACAUACAAAAUUACAAAA